AUGCCUGGAAGUGCUACAAAUCAUAUCGUAUGCGUCGGUGCCGUAUACAUCGACACCAUCUUAACAGUCCCACACUUCCCCAUAGAAGAUGAGAAGCUCCGCGCCAAAGCUAUCACACGAAGAAGAGGGGGCAACACAGCAAACAGUCUAGAAGUGUUGUCGCAGCUACAGCACCACGACCCCGAAGCAGCGCGGAAUGCUCAAACCACCGACUUGCAUCUACUAGCCGUACUUCCUAACGAACACUCUGCUGCUUCCAAAUUCAUUUGCGAGUCACUCCCUGAAGUAAAGAUAUCCGGUGUUACCCUAUUUCGCCAACAGCACCAGGAAGCUGCAUCUAGCUACAUUAUCCAAAGCGAGGAAACCCGCUCGCGUACGAUCGUCAGUAGCAACCCGUUACCCGAAAUGAGGGACGACGAGUUCAUGCAGCAAGUUCAUAGUUUCACUAGCAGCGGUGGUGGGCAAGAGCAAAUCGCUUGGAAGAAAGCGUGGUUCCAUUUUGAAGGCCGCGUUCCAGACGUUACACUCUCCUGCGUUCGCUUCCUCCGCGAACAAUUCCCUCACUUCGGUAUCAGCGUCGAGUGUGAGAAGCCUGAGCGAACUGGUAUGGCUGAGGUCGUAAAGUACGCGGAUGUGGUGUUUUACUCGAGACUAUGGGCGGGGAAGAAUGGGUAUACGGAUGCGAGGAGUUUUCUCGAAGAAGCAAGACGGGAUGAGAUGACGAGGGAUGGGGCGAUAUUGUGUUGUACAUGGGGUUCUGGAGGGGCUACUGCUGUGGUUAAUAAGGGGAAUGAUGAUGAGGAGGUGGUUUGGGCUGAUGUUAGGGCGUGGCAGGUGGAAGGAGGAGCUGGGCAGUCAAUGGUUGUGGAUACGAUUGGUGCUGGGGAUACGUUCAUUGCUGGUAUGCUGUUUGCGGUUAAUGAGCAUGAUGAAUGGUCGUUGCAGCAGAAACUUGAGUUUGCGAAUGAGUUGGCUGGGAGGAAGGUUUUGCAGGAGGGAUUCAGUGGCUUGGGGAAGAGAAUGUGGUAA